AACACGCCUCACCAGACUGCUUGUUUUUUAUAUUGAGGAUGUUACCUAGUAGUCUAGUAACAACGUAUAUUACCACAGUGAGAAUACCGUAUAGAAUACACAGCGAUCAGGAGAAGAAGAAGAGAACAGUUUCAUUCGUCACAUUCAAGUGCGAGAAACACCUCGAGCUGUAACCAGUGCCAAACAAAUGCCAAGACUAGAAGGACAUUGUUGGAGCUGCUCCUGUUCUACGGCGGUAAAAUCCAAGAACAUUUCGAGUGCAACCUGGCUGGCAUCAAAAGCAGGGGAGAUGAUGACCAUAAUCACGUCCAUCAUGCGUAAUGCCUACAGCUCGCUGCUCAGCAUUCAAGCAACGCAUUUGAUCAGACGGGGUUUGGUGCUUUUUGUGGUGGGAGUUUUUCUGGCUUUGGUGCUGAACUUGCUGCAGAUUCAGAGAAACGUCACGCUUUUCCCGGAGGAGGUCAUCGCCACGCUCCUCUCGUCUGCAUGGUGGGUUCCACCUUGCUGCGGCACAGCUGCAGCUGUGGUGGGUCUGCUGUACCCUUGCAUUGACAGUCACCUGGGGGAGCCACACAAAUUCAAGAGAGAGUGGGCCAGUGUCAUGAGAUGCAUUGCCGUCUUUGUGGGCAUCAACCAUGCUAGUGCUAAACUGGAUUUUGCCAACAAUGUCCAGCUGUCACUCACACUAGCUGCUCUGUCUUUGGGGCUGUGGUGGACUUUUGAUCGAUCAAGAAGUGGGUUUGGUCUUGGAAUUACUAUCGCCGUUCUUGCAACACUGAUCACUCAGUUUCUGGUCUACAAUGGGGUCUAUCAGUAUACAUCACCAGACUUCCUGUAUAUUCGUUCCUGGCUGCCUUGUAUAUUCUUCUCGGGAGGCGUUACUGUGGGAAAUAUAGGAAGACAGCUAGCGAUGGGUGCUCCAGAGAAACCCCACAUGGACUAAAAGUACCAUUUUGAAAUGAGACAUGGUGCCAAUAUGGAGGAAUACACCACAUGCUGACCCUUUCUUCUCCAGAGCUCUUAUUCUCAAAUUCAGCAUACAUCUUAAAGUCAUUUUAGUGAACAUGUAAUUGGGCAUGUGACAUAUCUGAGGAGCAGCAAAAAAGAUCAGAAGGAAAAUAGGUUCAUAAUCAAGAGUGCCAAUCGUUGAGCAUUGUACAAUGAAACUUUGUGGCCAAGGUUUGUAGACUUAAUUACCCAGUGUGUCGUCUGAUUCUCUUUACCAAAACAGCCAGCUUUGUACCAGCUUUGUAGGCUCUGCAAUUAAAAGUAACUGGUUUGACGAUUUCACUGUGUAGGAAUGAAAAAAAAGGGUUUGUGACUGCAGGUCCAGAAAAAAAAAAAAAAAAAGACGGUGCUAAAUAUUUCAAUUGUUUGCAUGAAUAUAGAAUGUUAUUCAUGAAAGGGAAACAUUUCAAGGCUGUGCAAAAAUGUCUUGUGUAUAUAUAUAUAUAUAUAUAUAUAUAUAUAUAUAUAUAUAUAUGUGUGUGUGUGUGUGUGUGGCAUGCAGAAUAUUGGUAAAUAAGUACUCUUGCACAGACACACCCAGUUUUCACAUUUUGAUUUUUAAGCUUUGCAAAAUAUAGCAUAGAACUAACCUAGAGCUCUUUUGACUUGGGAUAGAGGGAUAAUUGUAGUUUCAUGCAAUAGACAGAGCUAUCAUUUAUAUAAAUAGGCUUUGCUCCAACCUUUGUUCUGUUUAUUACAAAACAUUAUGAAUUGACCCCCCUGAAACGUCUCUAAAUAAGAACUGUUUGUGCCCUAGUUAACUUGUGAAGCUGCUACUCUGUUAAAUUGAGAAAGAUAAUCAAGACUGCAUCAGUUUGUUUUCUCAGGUAAGGAUAAAGAAUGGUUUGAUGUGAUCUGCAAUACUAGCCCAUUCCAUUCCCUGCAGUUUGUAUCCCUAGUGGAGUCAUAGGGAAUGUUCCUCGACUGGUAACUUGAAAUCCAUUAGCCUGGUUAUUGCCUUUAAAACCCUGUAAUUUAUAAUAAUGCCAAAUUACAUGGGCAGGAACUCAGAACUGGGAUUAAUUCAUUGUUACAUCAAAAGGGCAGUAGGAACAUGAGAGAUUUUUGCAAAGCCUUAGAAAAUUUGCAAUCUGUGAUUGCCUUUGUAAAAUAGCAGUGAGUGCUUUUGUCAGUAUGAAGGUUUCAUUAUUUGUAAAUAGGAAGUUGUAUAUAGCUUACAUAUACAGUACAAUGGCUACUCUAUGUAAUCAAAGUCAUAUUGUUGUGCUAGACCUAGUUCGAAAGUAAUUGGGUCUAGGUGAUUAAAGUGCAAUCUAUACAAUACAUAAGCCUUGUAUUAUUUUGUAUUCCUUUCAUUUGUUUAAAUAAAAUAAAAGCAUUAAAAUGUAUUUCACGCUUAUAAA